AUGGACUGUACUAUCAAUCUCAAUGCAAUCCAUCAACAUCAGCUGAGUGGAUUACAAACUGCUUGGUUAUUGGCUACUUUGGGCUCCAAAAUUUCAGCUAAAAAGAGCUUAAAAUCAGAUAUUCUCAAUCUCUCCAUUCCUCUGUUAUGUCAAGAAUUGAUCGAAUCAAACUCACACUUUCAGAUAAGAUAUUCAUCCAAUAUCUUAUAUGGAAUAUCAUUAGCCUAUAGAACCAAAGUCAAUUAUUGCCUUCAAGAUAUCACUUUUAUUAAAUCUCAAUUGUGUAAGGAGUUCCUCUCAUUUAAACUCAGUAACACAUCAUCAGUGUCAAAUCUUGAUCUUGAUCAACCAGAUAAAAAGAAACUAUCAGGUUCACAAUUGUUAUUGAAUAAUGAUCCAACCUUUGAUAUCAACUUUGAUUUAGUUCCUAUGAUAGAUUUUAUUAUUGAACAAGAGACCAAUGCUGGUGUCAAGAGAAGAAAAUUAGAUAUUAAAAGUUUAGAUCAAGAUGUGUUUCCUGAUUCAUUUGUUUUGAACAAUACUCAAUAUCUUAAUAGUACUACCAAUAACACCAAUGGAUUAUUCACCAGUUACAAUCAGACAAGUAUUACCCAUGAUGAAAUGCUUGAUGAUUUCUUAGAUAAAACUCUUCAAGUAAGUCAAGAUGGAAGUGAUAGUAGUAGUAAUUUAAGUUCAGAAUUUGACAUUGAAUUCGAUGAGGAAGGUCAAUUGAUUGAUAAAGCUAAACCAAUUGGAAUGGCUGGAGGUGGCCAAGAGAAUUAUAAUGAUUUCAUUGAUGAUUUUGAAAUUAACCAGCAACCAAUCUUAGAAGAAGUAGCUGAAGUUGACGAACAACAAACGAGAAGUAUCAGUAAUGAUGAGAAUUUCGCAAUCUCAAAUUCAGGUGAGUUGCAACAACAACAACAACUGCCACCACCAAAAGAACUUGAUACUUCACAAGCUAAAAGAGUCAAGACAACAAAUGCAAAGAAACAUAAACUCAUUACAGAUCCCAUUGAUCUCAUUAAAAUAUCGAGUACAUCUAUGAUAGAUUCAGUCAAUAAUUACGAAAUCAAUAUGUUGCAAACUACACCAAGAAGUGAUAUGGAACAAAGAAUGUUAUCAGAGAUUUGGUCAGUUUUGAACGACGAUUAUAAUAUUUCCCCAUAUUUGAGAUUUGUCAAUAGAAUAUCAUUAAGUAAUAAAUUAUUCCGUCAAUUUAAAGUUUUCCAAAAUGAAGGUCAAGAUGUUGAUUUAUCAAAUUCAUCAUUUUCGAUAAAUUCCAUGAUCAAAGAAGUGGCUAAUUUCAAACGAGUUGAGAAUUUAUUAAUCCCAGAUUUAGGUGAAAAUGAAAUUGGUAGAGAUGUACUUCGCCAGAAUGAAGAAUUAGAGAAUUCAAAUAACGAUUUUAAUGCUGAUAUUGAUGUUACGUUUAGCAAUCCCGAUGAAUUGAGAGAAGAGGAUGAUCACCCUCCUUCUGAAGACAUCUUUAAUAUCUCAUUCGGUAGUGAUGAUAGUUAUGCCAGAAGUUCAAGUAGAGUCGGUACCAAUGAACAAGUUAAUGAAGAAGUAGAUUUUGGAUUGACUGGUAGUCAAUUUUCCCGGUUUUUUGAUUUAUUAAAGCAACGUUGUGAAAAAUGGGGAAGAACAUAUUUAACCCAAGAUAACUAUAACUUUAACAAAAUUGAGAGUGCUACAUCUACUAAUUCCCAAACACUGAAUGAAGAAGCACAACAAGAAGAACCCGAAUUACAACCUCAGCAAUUGACUCGAUUAAAGUUUUGUGAAUUUAUUCCAAACUUAGAAUCAAGUAAAGAUCUACAUGAAGCUUCAGUUACAAGAAAAUUAGCCGCAAAUUCAUUUUCUAUUAUUCUUGCAUUAGCAACUAAAAAUGGUAUUGGGAUCAAUACGAUCAGCACUAGUUCCACCGUUGAAUCCGAUAUGGAAAAUGAUGAUUUUGACUUAAAUACAGGGAAUAAUAUUGAAUUAAUCGUGAAUUGCAAUUGA